CAAACAUCUUCGUCAACCUGUAAAAUCACGUGCCCUCGUUACCUCUUUACUCAAUCCGGAUUACUUUGCUACACACCGACACCGUGUUAAACAUCUCUCAUUGCAAAAACUUAAUUAUCAAAAAUAAAACUUCUCUCAUUGCAAAACCUAGAAAAUCAGAACAAAAAAAACUGAGGUAUGGAGAAAGAACUGAAUAGCUUGGUGAAAGUAGGGGUUUCAACGAUAAUGUCGGUAUCUUAUUGUUUCUUUUUGCCACCUAGAAUCAAAUCUGGUUUUUUCCGUUUAGUCUCUAUUCUCCCUGUAUGUGUUUUGUUUCUUGUUCUUCCUCUGUUCUUGUCCUUUCCACUUUUCUCUUCCCCCGCAGCAAUUUUGCUAAUACUUGCCGAUUUGAAACUCAUCCUCUUUUCCUUUGAUCAAGGUCCUCUUUCUCCACUACCCUCAAACAUCUUCUUAUUCACAUGUUUCACUUGUUUCCCCAUCCAGCGUCAAAAGAACCCUAAACCUCAAGCAGGAGGUCAGGAUCAAAUGCACACAUGGAUUUUCGCAAUUAAAGUUGUACUCUUAGGUGUAUUGUUACAUUUAUAUCACUGGAAAACCCUUCCUCCCAUUAUGCUAUUGGGUCUCUAUCCACCGUUUUUAUAUGUUUUACUUGAGGUUUCCCUAACGCUCUUCAGAAUUUUGUUGACUAUCAUUCUUAAAUGCAAUCUAGAGCCACAUUUUAAGGAACCAUACUUAGCCACGUCUCUUCAAGACUUCUGGGGACGCCGAUGGAACCUCCUAGUCUCUGCAAGUCUCCGGGCAUGCGUCUACACUCCUGUGCGGCGUGUCUGCCAACACCUAAUGUGUUCUGAUGAUUCUGCAAUGUUAAUUAGUGUUUUGGCGACUUUCAUAGUCUCUGGUGUGUUUCACGAAGUGCUUUUCUUCUAUAUAAUCGGUGAGAUGCCUACAGGAGAACUCACUUUGUUCUUUGUGCUACAUGGAGUUUGCACAGUCGGGGAAGUGGCGGUGAAAAGGACUGCGUUUGCACAGAGGUGGGUGGUGAGACAGAUGUUAUCACGGCUGCUAACGGUGGGUUUUGUGGUUGUGACCACUUGGUGGCUGUUUUUCCCUCCUUGGAUUCGUAGUAACGUGACGGAGAAAUGCUUCAAUGAAGCCUCAUUGCUCAUUGAUUUCCUAAGACGCAAGUUAAUUUUUUUGUACCUUAAGACGCAGGUUAUUUCAGUGAACUAACUUAAUAGUUACUGAUAUUAGAUGAAUACCCGCGUAUACACGCAGAUUUUUUUAAUAUUAUGUUUGUAAUCAGUUGAAUGAUAAAUUCUAUAUAAAUUUAAAAAAAUUAUUGAUCA